UCGUAGUGAUCAUCUUCACCGAAAAAGCGGAAGGGACCAAUUACAAGUAGGUGGUAGCACUCUGUAAAACACGGCAGGAAAUACCAGUGAGACAAAUAACUCACUGCUGUUGCUAGGUGGGGAUCUUUCCGUUCAACUGUUUUUACAGACCAGAAAAGUUUUUGAGGUCCUGGAGGAGAGAUGCGGGUGGUAAACAGUCUGGCCGGACCGUAAAUCCACUAACGGAGCACUUUAAAGUCAGCAGACGUACCGGAGAAGGGUUCACGCACGCGGCUAACAUCCAUCAACAAGCUCCGGUGUUUCUGUUGAGCGUCAGCACAGACCCCUGACUGAAUAUGUUGGAAGGGUUGAGUGAAGUGUUCUGGCAGGAGCGUCUCUGGUUCCCAGAAGGUUUGGGAUGGGCAGACCUGGAAGACCGUGAUGGGCGGGUCUACGCAAAGGCUCGGGAUUUGUGGGUGGCACUGCCAAUCGCCCUCAUGUUUCUUGUGAUUCGACAGAUCUUUGAGAGAGUUGUUGCUACACCACUAGCCUCAUUACUGGGUGUUAAGGAAAUGGUCAGACGGCGAGUUACACACAACCAAACACUGGAGUCCUACUACUGCAACGCAUCUAAAAACCCCACACAGAGUUCAGUAGAGAAACUGUGCAAGCAGACAGGUUGGAUAGAAAGACAAGUCCAAUGCUGGUUCAGACGACGGAGAAACCAAGACAGACCUAAUGUUCUCAAGAAGUUUCGUGAGGCCAGUUGGAGAUUCACCUUUUAUCUUCUCUCCUUCAUCGGUGGUCUUGGUGCACUAAUCAAUAAACCCUGGUUGUAUGAUUUAAAGGAAAUGUGGAAAGGGUUCCCCACUCUGACGCUGUUACCAUCUCAGUACUGGUACUACAUGCUGGAACUGGGUUUCUACUUUUCCCUUCUGUUCAGUGUUGCUUCAGAUGUCAAGCGUAAAGACUUCAAAGAGCAGAUUGUUCAUCACGUGGCUACCAUCACACUGAUCAGUUUCUCCUGGUGUGUGAAUUACAUCAGAGCUGGAACACUAAUCAUGUUUGUGCAUGAUUCUGCAGACUAUUUACUAGAGUCAGCUAAGAUGUUUAACUACGCAAGAUGGAAGAACACAUGUAAUUACUUAUUCAUAUUGUUUGCUGCAGUCUUCGUCAUCACACGCCUCAUCAUCUUCCCUUUCUGGAUCAUGCAUUGUACAUGGGUGUAUCCCGUAACUGUGUACACUCCAUUUUUUGGAUAUUACUUCUUUAAUGGGCUUCUGCUGGUGCUGCAGUGUCUGCACUUCUUCUGGGCCGCACUGAUUAUACGCAUGGCCCUCCGCUUCCUCACCUGCAACUCGUCAGUAGAGGACGAAAGGUCUGAUAAAGAGGAGACGGAUGAGUCUGCAGAGGAGGAUGAUGAGAUGAAAAAUGGAGAAAUAAAGAAAAAUGGAGCAAUUCAGAAUGGUCACACAGCAUAUAACAACAAUCACUCUAAAACAGAGUGAUUUCCUGAGAAGAGAGGAGCUUAAAAGAACAUUUAAAGAGGAGAAAGUAAAAAAAAGAAUGAGCGAAACCCAAAGUGAUAUUUCCUCUCAUCAAGCUGAACAUGAAAGAAGAGCGGGGAAGAAACAGAUUCCAGUUUUCAUGAGCAAAAAAUUGCUGUGUACACUAGAGAAAAAACACGCACAUGCCACAUAAUAUAACAGUCUGACACAUAGGUCAAAAUUGUGAACCUCUGAAGUCUUUCCUCUCUCUGGGGGAGAAACGGAUUAAUGUUGCCUCUAUUGGGAUUUUGGUCAAUACGUGACUUUCUUUGCUUUAUUAAUCCUUUGUUUCAUUGUUUUUUUUAUUUAAAAAAACUGAGAAGCCACUUCAUAUUUUCCAAGGCGUAUGAAUCUGCAUUUACAUGUUUUUUAUUUUACACUGUAGAAUUAUUUUUUUUCAGCCAAAAUUGUGGUACAUCUGAAUACCAAGUGUUAAUUUUUUCAGGCAAGUCAGUCCACUGUUGGCCAUGUUUGGAAUGCUCUCGGGAGGCUAUUUCCAGUCAUGACAGUGCAGCUCCUAUCUACUUGAAUGGGGAAAGACUGAAAUCUCCAAGAUCAAGAUUACGAUCAAAGGACAUAUUUCAAAUCAUCAGUAAAUUAUGACAACACUUGGAAUCAUAAAUUGUACUUCUUCACGUGUAAGCCUCAGGACCAACAAGAUCACCAAGCGCUGCCCAUCUCUGCUAAAUAGUCUCUGAUUUAAUCAACUUGUUUGACAAGAUACCUUUCAAACUGUUGCUCCACCAUAACAGAUGAAACUGACCAUAGAAAAAGACAGUAUACUCUAACGCUAUUAUAGUGCCCCUUGUGUCAACACAGAGAAUCCAUCGCAUACUUGCAUUGCACAAUAAAUUGCAUACUGACACUUUUGCGUGCAGUCGAGCUUGCUUAGCUAGUAGCGUUCACACAUAUGCGCAGAGUAUGUUGCAAGCGAUUCCUAGUAUCCAUUUGAUUUUAAACCAAGAGUAAUGCCAUGUCCACACUAAUCCAUUAAAGUUUGAAAACUCAAAAUUAAACGUCAUUCUUUUCCAGAGUGUGCAGUCCAAACUCCCUGUUUUCUGUGGAGGAAAAUGCCAUUCUAGUGUGAAAGUAAUACGUUUUCAAACAAAAAUGUAUGAGUGUGGGCGUGGCCUAAAUCUACACCAGAGUUCCUAACACUGUGUAAAUACUUAUUGGCCAGUUGAAGCAUGUUCGUUUUUACAUAGAUUUCAUUUAUUCAGUUUCUGAACAUUUUAAAGGCACAAGCCAAAGAUAGAAUGGUUGUGUAAACUUGUGGGAUGUGGUGUUUGAACUAGAUGGUUUAGAUAUUUCAGGAUGUUAUUUAUUCUCUGUGGUAAUCAGAAAUGCAGUGAGCUUUUGUUUACCCAUGGGUUCACAUGAAUGUCAAUGCUGGUUUUUCACAAGACUUAUUGUGUGAGGAAUCAUGAAAUGUUUAAAACAUAACAAGCUAGAUCAUGAAAUUAUCUUUACAUUUCAACAAAUUGCCAUCUGGUAAUUAUGAUCUGGCUAGAGUAAUAUUAGAAUAGAUGCUUAGAAAUGUAUUUUUUUUUUUCACAUAUUCAGUUAAGCUGGGGGUCAGAGUGCAAGGUCAGCCACGAUAUGGCAUCCCAUGGAGCAGAUAGGGUCAAGGGCCCAACAGUGGCAUUUUGGCCAUCAAUAAUCUAAAAAAUUCAGUUACUGCUGCUGUGGUGAACCAACACAUAUAUUCUCUUUUUCUUCCUGAAAUUGGUGUUAUGACACUAUCCUUCAUUAUUCUCACCAAAAGCCUGUUUUAUCACAUCUUGACCUUUUUUUUUAACAGUGAAUUCAAGCUGUUCUUGUUAAUACACUGUUUCCAGUUCUGGGGCUAGACUAGUGUUUCCAGGGGUUUCAGCUUUUUUCUUACAAAUGCUGUGGAUCUAUAUCGUUCGGUGGGUCAGGGGUAUUUGAAAACCUUUAAUUACCACGUGUCUUUUUGUCAUGAUCUUUUAUUUCCUGAGUAGCUGUAUUAAGCUUUCUCUAAAAUAAUCACUCCUUUCCCAUUGUAUUUCUUCUUCCAUCUUUGAUUUCAUCAUUCCUCCCAUUUUUCAAGUCAGACACAGUGUUAUCUUUGUUUUGUAUUUGCCUGUGUUUUACUAUGAUGAUGAUAUUAUUAUGGAGAAUGUUAACAAUAAAAUACUGAA